AGUGUAACUACUACACAACAAAAACGUACCCACACAACAUGACCAUGCAAAAUCUAAACCAAACACCACACCGACCAUCAUAUAUUGCUGACUCAGUCCCAUUUGGAGGAGUAACCCUCACGCCCUUCAUUCAACCCUCUUACAGUCUAGUCUUACUACAACAACUUAUUAAAUUAAAUUCAUUAAUACCAACGAAUUAUUAGUUCAAGUGUAAGGAUAUUGGUCAUUUAAGCAUGUGGUCAGGAAGUUUUGAUUUCCCGCUCAUGCGUAUGUAGGAAAUUUGGUUGGGAGAGGAGAACCCAUCUUGUAUGCCUCAAAGGUUCUGCGACAGAUAUUAGUCAUCGCUAACAGCGGUGGAAAAUUCGUACAAAUAUUCUUAGAAAUGAGUAUUGAGCCUAACUCAACCUUACACCUUACAAAACUGGCUUUUAAGGUGAGGAUUGUCUCUAGUUUAUAAACACUUAGUCAGACCAUCUCUCAACCGAUGUGGGACUUCUUAACACCCCCUCGCGUCCAGCGCUAUUAGACUUGUUACGCGGAUAUAAAUAGUAGGUGGCUCGAUAUCGGGUGGCCCAACGAAUCUUGGAGAGACUCUGAUACCAUCUUAGAAAUGAGUAUUGGGCCUAACUCAACCUUACAAAACCAGCUUUUAAAAUGAGGAUUGCCUCUAGUUUAUAAACACUUAGUCAGACCAUCUCUCAACCGAUGUGAGACUUCUUAACAAAUAUUAUAUUAUGAUAACCUAAAAAAAUUAAAUUAAAUUCAUUAACUAUUCCUCAACCAAACUAUAUACUAUACCCUUUUUAUUCAUUUCAAUAUUUACCCAAGUUUUUCCCUCUUUAAGACUCUUUCAACGUUCAACGUUCAACACACGUUAACAAAAACCAAAAAUAACACUUAAACUUAAAAAACCCGUUUAUCUUAUUCGUUUUUUCUCUUGUUUGAAACAUUCUCAAUAAACUAUUCAUUUUUUCUUAGUCUUACUUUGCCUCCCUUUGACCCCCGUUUGUCAAACAAGCACAACCCUCUCUCUCCAUUCCUUUAUAUAACCAAAUCCUAACAUCUCAUUUUCCUUCAUCACACUCACAACAUUAUAUCCUCCUUCAACAACAACAACUACAACAAUAAAAACACAACAUAGUUAAAAUCAAAAAAUGGUUUUGUCAUGGACAAAAGGAAGUAGGGUUUUUCGUCGUGCAAGAAAAGGAAAAGAGUUACUAUCAAAUUCAUUGAAUGAUUUACAAGUUGAGAUAGCAAUCCCAACGCAUUUUCGUUGCCCGGUAACACUAGAUUUAAUGAAAGAUCCGGUUACACUAUCAACAGGUAUAACCUACGACAGAGACAGCAUCGAAAAAUGGAUCGAAUCAGGUAACAACACAUGUCCCGUAACAAAAACAGAAUUAACUUCCUUUGACAUUGUACCAAAUCAUUCUCUUCGGAGAAUGAUUCAAGAUUGGUGUGUACAACACCGUUCCUAUGGUGUCGAAAGAAUCCCAACUCCACGUAUUCCAGUAACCCCAUACGAGGUUACUGACACGUGUACUAGGAUUCUGUCGGCGACGCAACAAGGGGAUGAAAACAAGGUUAUUGAAUUGGUCAAGAAGAUAAAGAGUUGGGGAAAAGAGAGUGAGAGGAACAAGAAAUGUAUAGUUUCAAAUGGUGCUCCUCUUGUUCUUGCUAAGGUUUUUGAUUCUUUCUCACGUGGUUCAAUAGAGAAGAAUUUUGUUGUUUUGGAAGAGAUUUUGGAAGUGCUGACGUGGAUGCGUCCUGUUCCUGAAGAGGGUAGAUUUGUCUUUUUGGGAUCAUCAAACUCUUUGAGUUGUUUGGUUUGGUUCUUAAAUGAUCAACAAAAAAUUUCAACUAGGCAAAAUGCUUCUUUGUUGCUUAAGGAAAUGAAUGUUGAGUCAUUGGUGAAAAUUGAAGGGAUUAUUGAAUCAUUGGUGAACAUGGUUAAGGUUAAUGUUGAGAUUGGAACCGCUUCUACAAAAGCAUGUUUGUCAAUAAUUUUUCACUUGGUUUACUCAUCAAAGAGUAGAAAAGUGAUUUUAGAGAGAUUUAUUGAAUUGGGUUUGGUUUCAAUUUUAUUGGAGAAUAUUCUUGUUGAUGCUGAAAAAGGGGUAUGUGAGAAAGCUUUAGGAGUAUUGAAUUGCCUUUGUGAUAGUAAAAAUGGGGUGCAAAUAGCAAAGUCAAAUGCUUUGACUUUGCCACUUGUUAUUAAGAAGCUUUUGAGGGUUUCUGAAUUGAGUUCUAGCUUUGUUGUUUCAAUUGUUUACAAGAUUUGUGAUAAAGCUGAAGAAGGUGUUUUGAUUGAGGCAAUUCAAGUUGGGAUGUUUCAAAAACUACUUGUUUUGUUGCAAGUUGGUUGUGGUGAGAGUACAAAGGAGAAAGCUACUGAAUUGUUGAAAUUGUUGAAUGGUUAUAAAAGCAAAGCAGAAUGUGUUGAUUCAUCAUUGGAUUUCAUGCACCUUAAGAAGCCAUUCUAAUUUAUUCAUAAGGAUUAGAUUUGAUUUCCCUUUGUUGUUUUUCUUUUGCAUAUAGAUUUUGUCUUAAACAAAAUAUACUCUUGUACAAAGUUACAUAGUCACACUCACAUAUACAAGAACACAAAUUGUAUCUCUAACAUUCAAUUGAACUUUCGAAUUCAUUUUUUUA